AUGGCUGCUCUCAUGCAAGUCAGAUGUAACACUUCCCUCAGUAGUACUGAUAAUGAAUUCGGCUGGUUCAUGUUGUUUGAUAUUGAAGAUGGAGAUAUGAUUCUCGAAAACAUACAAUAA